AUGUCAUCAGUGCGUUCUCGGUCAAGGGCGAUCGACGGGGUUGGCUUCCAGGACCUGAUUCAAUCCUUGAGAGAGACGAGGAAUGGCCACCUCAAUGAUCGUUUGGUCAUUGGCCUUGACUUUGGGACCACAUUUUCCGGAGUUUCAUGGGCCACUGUAGAUGACUUUGAGAGAAACGAGAUCCAGACCAUCACAAGUUGGCCAGGGGCUUACAGGCAAGAAGGUAAGGCUCCGACAAGGAUUUUCUACGAACAUGGCAAGAUAUUCUGGGGAUAUGAAGUCCCGGAUAAUGCGGAACCAAUCCAAUGGUUCAAACUACUGCUUCUACGAGACAAAGAUCUAUCGUCAGAGGUUCGAAGUGAGGACUUGAUUGUUAGAGCAAGGAAAAUGCUCCAAGACGAAAACAAGACCGCAGUGGAUUGCACUGCAGACUAUCUCAAAGCUUUAUGGGCUCAUACGCUCAUGUCGAUCAGAAGCGCUCGAAGUGAUGUGAUCAUCUCAAACCUGGCGUUUCAUGUUGUCAUUACUAUACCUGCAAUCUGGAAAGAUUAUGCACGCGAAUCAAUGAAAGAGGCUGCCAGAAAGGCUGGGAUCUUGCGCCGCCGUUCUUCUGCUGCCCAAACGAUCUUGACUUUUGUUCCUGAGCCCGAGGCAGCAGGCCUGGCAUCGUUGGGCCUGCAGAGGCGCCAAUUGAGAACCGACGAGGUCUAUGUCAUUUGCGACGCUGGUGGCGGUACUGUGGAUGUGAUUAGCUACAAGGUCGGAGAAUUAAAGCCCAUCAAACUACACGAGGCAGUCGUCGGCACAGGUGACCUCUGUGGGGGAAUAUUCGUGGACGAGCAGUUUCGCAGAAUAUGUAAAGCGCGACUAGGCCGGCGUUGGUCUAACCUCAACCCAGGUCAUAUUAAACAUAUCAUGGAUUCAGAAUGGGAGACCAAGAUCAAGAUACGCUAUCACCCAGACAGUAAGAGGUCGAAUAUCGUCGCCAUUCCAGACGAGGCCUUUAACGGCCCGGAUCGAAAUGACAUAGAAAGAGAGCCGCAUAUCAUCAACGGCAGAAUACACUUCUCCAGUUCGGAUAUUCGAAAGACAUUCAAAGAAGUAUUCGCAAAAAUUGACAAACUGCUUGAUGGCCAGAUCAAAAGUGCCAGAGCUAAAGGCCUGUCAGGAAUUGUUCUGGUUGGUGGGUUUGGCACAAGCCCCUAUCUAUUUCAGCACUUAGAGAACAGAUAUAAUCACCAGAAUCUGAGGGUGAUACAAUCCGACGGCACGAGCCCUAAUACGAGCCCUCGCACUGCCAUCUGCCGUGGGGCUGUUUUUAAGGGUUUCAUUGAUGGACCAGGUGCUGUUCACAGCACACUCAGCAUCGGCUCAACAAUUGCAAGGCAAAGUCUGGGCGUGGCAAUGGCACAGGAAUUCAAAAAAGGAGUGCACCGCAAAAAAUACAAGUACUGCGACCCAGUUACAGGCGACUGGAUGGCUCGUGGUCAAAUGUGGUGGUAUCUACACAAGGGACAAGAUGUUUCAAAAGCGGCUCCCGUUCAGCAUAGCUUUUGCCGAUCUUACAAAGAUGGUGAAGACAUUCCAGACACUCUCUCCGAGAUAAUCUACCAGUGUGACAGUGAGAAUCCACCCGCCCAACUUGAUGAUACUGUCACUGGGAUUUGCAAAGUCUCGUGGAGCACGAAGGACAUUGAUCACGAUGAUCUUGAGCAUCAAUUUGGCAAAAAGGGACCGUAUAUGGACCUGUGUUAUAAGAUUGAGGUACGACCAUCAGGGGCUUCCAAUGAUUUUGCUAUCUACUGUCAAGGCAAGAAAGUUAGUUCCAACAAUUCCCGGAUUGAUUAUGAAUGA